AGAACAUUAACAUAUGGCACAAUCGCUCAUCUCCAUGUGAUCUGAUCUUUUCUCUCUGCUCAUUGUUUGUGCAAAACUGCAAAUGUCUCUUUUUCUCUCCUGUUUUUUUGGUGCUCUUGUGUUAGUUUCCACUUCCGUUGUGUCGGCAGCCGAUGAUGUAGAUCCGAGUUUAAGGUUCGAGAAUCCUAGGCUUCGUGAAGCAUACAUUGCUUUGCAGGCUUGGAAAUCUGCCAUAUUUUCGGACCCGUUUAACUUCACGGCCAACUGGAAUGGCUCCAACGUGUGCUCUUAUAUGGGAAUCUAUUGUGCUCCCUCUACUUCGAAUCCCAAAAUCAGAGUUGUUGCCGGUAUUGAUCUUAAUCAUGCCGACAUUGCCGGUUACCUCCCUCCGGAGCUCGGCCGCUUGACCGAUCUCGCGCUCUUUCACCUUAAUUCCAACCGGUUUUGUGGCGUUGUCCCGACCAGCUUCCGCCGGUUGAAGCUGCUUCAUGAGCUCGAUUUGAGCAACAACCGAUUUGUUGGCAAGUUCCCCAAUGUGGUUCUCUCGUUGCCUGGUUUGAAGUACUUGGAUCUUCGGUUCAAUGAGUUCGAAGGAUCGGUUCCCUCGAAGCUGUUCGACAAGGAACUCGAUGCGUUGUUUUUAAACGACAACAGGUUCAGAUUUGGUAUUCCUGAGAACCUGGGGAACUCUCCUGUUUCGGUUCUGGUGUUUGCGAACAACGAUCUGGGUGGUUGUAUUCCUGGAAGCAUUGGGAAGAUGGGUGGAACGUUGAAUGAAAUCAUUCUGAUGAACGACAAUCUUACCGGAUGUUUGCCUCCGCAGAUCGGGAUGCUUAAGGAAGUUACUGUCUUUGAUGUGAGCUUUAAUCAUCUUCAGGGAUCUUUGCCGUCUACUGUUGGGAAUAUGAGGAGUUUAGAGCAGCUGGAUAUUGCUCAUAAUGGCUUCACCGGUGUGAUUCCGGCCACCGUGUGCCAGCUUUCCAGGUUGCAGAACUUUACUUAUUCUUUUAACUAUUUCACUGGAGAACCACCUAGUUGUCCGGCGAUAUCUGGUGCAGAGGUGGCGAAUGGUACUAUGAAUUGUAUUCCUGGGAAGAUGGAUCAGAGAUCUUCCAGGGAAUGCUCUUCGGAUGCUGCUCGACCUGUGGAUUGCGGUAAGUUUAAAUGUAAUGGUGGUGGAAGCUCACCGCCGCCGAGGAGGAGUCAUGCUUCAAGGCCUCCAACGCCGCGUCAAUCUAGUUCACCGAAGUGGUUUAGGAAAUCCCCGCCACCACCUUCUUCUAAGUCUUCGCCUUCAGGUAGAUCACAUCCUCCACCACCACCAUCAUCCCAGUCUUCACCAAUGCCUUAUCAUUCCCCGCCGUCGCCGCCACCACCGAAGUACUCUCACGUUUCAACUCCACCGCCUCCAACUCAAAGAACAUCACCAAAUACGCAUCUUCCACCGCCACCAACUCAAAGAACAUCACCAAAUACGCAUCUUCCACCGCCACCCCCGCCUGUUCACUACGGGCCCGUACACUCUCCACCACCACCAACUCCAUCAGGCCAUUACUAUAAUAAUCCACCACCACCACCACCACCACCACCGGCAUCCCCAAACAAUCACUACAACACGCCGCCUUCGCCGCCGCCACCAACAAAGAAUACAUCACCAAAUACCCGUUAUGCACCACCUCCUCCCCCUCCGGCCUAUUAUGUUCCCACGCCCAGCCAUUCAUUGCAGCCACCGCCGCCACCUCAAGGUCAGUAUUAUCCACCUCCGUCAACGGGGCAGCAAGCAAGCCCCCCUCCACCUCCGUCAACUUAUGAGCAUCAGUCUCCACCUCCACCAAUAGAAUACCAUCCACCACCACCAUCUUUUGAGCAUCCUCCACCAGUUGAAUACCAUCCACCACCGUCAUCUUAUGAGCAUCAGUCGCCACCUCCAUCAGUAGAAUACCAUCCACCACCGUCAUCUUAUGAGCAUCAGUCUCCUCCACCACCCAAGGAGUCGUGUCAUACAACCCCUCCUCCUCCGCCACCCCCGCCAGGAUGCACAACUCCAGUAUCAUCACCACCGCCCUCGCCGAGCCAACAUCCAACUCCUCCACCAGAUACACCCACACCCGGUCAUCACUAUUCACAACCAUCUCCACAGCAUCAAAGCCCUCCACCAACACACUAUGCAUAUACAUCCCCACUACCGCCGCCUCCGUCGCCAUCUCCACCACCGCCACCGUCAAAUGAAAACACACCACUUCCACCAAUCAGUGGAGUGUCAUACGCUUCUCCGCCGCCGCCGGUUAUUCCCUACUACUAAAGUAUUGCUUUUUCGCGCCAUUGAGUUGUAAUUCAAAUUUCUUCUGGCGCAACCAUGAGUAGAUGGCCUGUUAAAUUGUGUUUUUUUUUUAGCUAUUCCCCCCACCCCACCAUAAAUAUCUAAUAAUUUAUAUUUAUUUAAUUUCCUCUGUACUGUUCUGCUAAUAUAUGUGAUAUACAGGCAAUGGUUUGAUCAUCUUAUGUAUAAUUCAUAGGCAUAUUUAUA